GGGGAGCAAAACCCUAGCUUCUUUAUAAUUCUCAUGAUUUCAACACUCGUGGUCGCUUGUCCGAAACCCUUGCCCCCCUCAUACCAAAUCAACAAUGCCGCCGAAGUUUGACCCUUCACAGGUCGUGGAUGUCUACGUCCGAGUCACUGGCGGCGAGGUUGGCGCGGCGAGUUCACUCGCUCCCAAAAUUGGCCCCCUCGGGCUCUCCCCCAAGAAGAUCGGAGAGGACAUAGCCAAGGAGACCGCCAAGGACUGGAAGGGCCUCCGCGUCACAGUCAAGCUCACGGUCCAGAACCGUCAGGCCAAGGUCUCCGUUGUCCCCUCCGCUGCCGCCCUCGUUAUCAAGGCCCUUAAGGAGCCCGAGCGCGACCGUAAGAAGACGAAGAAUAUCAAGCAUAACGGGAACAUCUCCCUCGACGACGUCAUCGAGAUCGCGAAGGUCAUGAGGCACAGGUCCAUGGCCAAGGACCUCUCUGGGACCGUCAAGGAAAUCCUCGGUACGUGCGUGUCCGUCGGUUGUACGGUCGACGGGAAAGACCCCAAGAACUUGCAGCAGGAGAUCACCGAUGGUGAUGUCGAAAUCCCUCUGGACUGAGUUCCCCAUUGAGGAUUUUUUUUUUCAAAUAUAGUUUAAUUUGUUUUGUUUUGGAUAAUUUGGGGAUUGUAUGGUUUACUAUGUUUAAGAAAUUAGAAUUUUUGCAGGGAUUUGUAUGCUAAUUUAAUUAUGUUGAUGGA